CCGCUUUGCUUAGGUGUUCUUCCUGGUUUAUGAACGUUGACUCGGGUAACUACACCAGGCAACAAAUCAACUUUUUCCGCAAUGAAAUAAUUUACUAACCCAGCUACGAAGUUAAUUGCAAGACUUUGUACUAAUAUUGAGCUAAAGAUUCAACACGAGUGUAUUUCUGGUUAAUUGCACGAUGCACGACUUAUUCUGAACCAGUGUGAGUGCAUGCGCCAUGCCAUGGAACUCAAGAUGCCCAACCGCUGCGCCGCACCAAAUUGUAAUAUCUACUCAGAUAAAUCAGACGUCCAAUUUUUCAGAUUCCCUUUGGACCCAGAGCGAUGCAAACAAUGGUUGAGUAAUUGUCAACGAUCUGACUUGGAGUCAAAGACCCCUGAGGAGUUACACAAUUCUUUCAAAAUCUGUGCAAAUCAUUUUGAGCCUUCCUUGAUCUGUCGUGACAGCACUUUAACAACAUCCUUGAAAGAGGGUGCUAUUCCUACCAUAUUUGAUUCUACAAGACAGUUGAACAAUCCACCAGGCCGCAACAAGAACAAGAGAAUAAGAGAACCAGUAAGUAAGACUGAAGCGGAACAUGCAUCUUUGAAGAAAGCUAAAGGUGAUUGGUUUGAAGAUGAUGCUCCACCUGUUGUGAAAGAUGAGCCUGGCGAGAACAGUGCAGCAUGUGAUUUACCGCAGGAGGACCAAAGGACAGAUGAUGUCUCCAACUGCAAAGCAAAGGAAAUCCUUAAAAUUUACUUUAAGGAAACUCUUGCCUUCACUGGAUUCAGCAUAGGGAACGAUGCAAACCCCAGUGCAGAAGAGCCAAUGGGAGGACGCAAGGGACAACAGUCUCUCAACCCUGUAUGUGUUGAAAAAAUUGAUCAGAAAGAAGUCCUCCAGUUCAGUGAAAAUCUUAUGCGAGAGGAGAUCCGGAACAGUUUGAGGUUGGCACGCUUUUUCUCAAUUCUGCUGCAAGAUGUGACCAACAUCGAGGGAAAAGAUCAAAUCCCAGUUUUCAUCAGAUCUGUCACUGUGGCUGGGUUUCCUCAGAAACACCUAAUGGGUUUCCUGCCCUGUGAUGCAGAUUCUGAAGGUCUGUUUUACAUGCUGCUCUCAGAAAUACGAAAUAAGUGGGGCCUGCGGAUGGAGCAUUGUCGAGGGCUCACCUACCUUACCACAGGGGUUCUGUGUCAGAAAAUGAAAGAUCUUACAAGCAGGAUUCUGCAGGAGUUUCCUCAGGUAGUGCUAGCCCCGAGUGAUCCAUAUGCCUUUAACAUGUGGCUAAUUCGCUCCAUGCCCAUACCUUUCAUCCAGAAAGUUGUGAAUACCGUGGAGGAAGUUGCCAUAAUGCUUAGAGUAUCCCCAGAUCUUUGGAAAAGACUGGAGGGGAAGAUCAAAACUUCAUAUGGUCAUCUUAAAGGUGAAGUAGACCGGAUCAUAGAUGCUUGUCAGAACACUUGGGAAUAUGGUGUUGAUGCCUUCCAGACCAUGUUGGACAUUCUUGAGCCAUUCCUUGGCUGCAUCAACGAGGUCUGUUCGGCUGCAAAUGCAGAUACAUCUAUUUGUGAACAAAUGGCCAAGCUCAAACCGAUCCUGAAGAACUUCCAUUUCAUCAUCACCUUGGUUGUUCUAAAGAAUACCCUAUGCUGCGUGAGCAUCCUCAACCCAAGUCUCAGGGGAGCCAUCAGCAUCAGCAGCACCUUGCAGUACACCAUCUCCAAUGCCUUAAAGCUGGUCAACAAACAUCUGCAGGAGGUUGCAAUUUUCCAUAGGAAGUGGUUUUCUGACGCUGUGGGCCGCGCAAAGAAGCUGGGAGUGGAAGUCGCAAGGCCAGAGGAAAGCUCACCUGAGAUGGAUGAAGCAGGUGCCACUGAAACCCCAUUGGAGGAUUUUUACCGAGAGACUCUGAGCAGGCAGAUCUUACAGUACCUUGUUGCGGAGGUGAAGAGAGUGUUCAGCACUGAAAUGGUCCGAAUUCUGAGAUGGCUCUCACUGGUGCCAUCUUACAUGGCUGACCAUAAUUUCAGUAUCCGAAGGGAUAAAGUGGCGGAUGCGAACUUGAACAACCUCGCCAGGCCGGACACCUUUUACGAUGAGCUUGGUUGCUGGGAGGUGAAGUGGAGACAUGCUAGCAAGAGGAGGAUCUUACCUACAACAGUAUUUGCAACAUUGAAAAUCCCUGACAUUGCGUUUUACCCGAAUGUGCAAAGCCUGCUGAGAGUUUUGGGAACCAUCCCCUGUGUGAACGCCGAGGCGGACGUGUACGGGCAGUACAACAUGGUGCUGGAGAGGUACCAGGCCUAUCUGAAAGCCACGCCACCGGAUCAGAGACUGUGCAAUAUGGCAUUUGUUUAUGUCAAUCAAGAUGUUCACUUCAAUGUUGAAGAUGUGGUAGAAUCCUAUGUGGAGAAGCAUCCUGAGGUUUUGCAGUUGUUGCAUAUGGUUGAUGAGGUGAUCGAGAUCCACCCUGCAGCUGAACCAAUCUCAGAGAAUGUUGGAAACCACACUCUAAAGGAGUAUGUUGAAGAAACCCAAGAAGAACCGCAGGACAUGGCCUUGGAGAUGGAGACUGAGAGAGUGGAGCAAUCAAAAUGCCCAACUUCUGAGACUAACAAGGAGGCACUCAGAUCUGCUCUGCAAGCUGCUGUGACUGCUGCAUAUAACAGCCAGAGCAGACAGUCUGGUGAGGCGUCUACUGAACAGGAUGGCGAAGUUGAAGACACAUUAAAAUAUGUGUCGAAGUCUGAGAUGAAUGAAGUUCUCAGAGUUUGUGAGGAUGCAGUCAGAGAGGGAAUUCUGUUGGAGGUGGGCACUUCCUUUUUUUCUAUAUUCAUCGACCGUGUUGUGAAGUUAGGGGAGAAAAACCAUCUUCCCCUCUUCCUCAGGUUUGUGGACAGUUUUGAUGUCAUGCGAUUGGAGCUCAUGGGAUUUCUGGAUGUGGAUCUUGACUGUGAUGCCAUGUCAGAGCGAAUAUUGGAAAUUGUCACCAAGGAGUGGUGUCUUGAUUUACGAUACUGCAGAGGUCAAGCCUACCUAGGAUCUGGUGAUGUCUCCUACAAGCUAAAAGCCUUGGCCUGCAAAAUCCAGGAGAAGUACCCUCUUGCAAUAUGCACGCACAGCUCUUGUUAUUCCUUUAACACAUGGUGGUCAAAAUCCACCCCUGUUCCCUCAGUCAAAUGGGCACUAGAUGUUUUUGAGGAGGUGUUGAUGUUUUUUGGGAGCAUGCCGUUGCUUGAAAAACAGCUGGAUCACGUCAUUGCAUUUGGUCUCAGGGAAAGUUAUGAGAAGGUUCAGGAAUUGCAAGGGAAGUUCUGUACCGUUUGGCAGGAAAAGCAUGAUUCCUAUGAAGUCUUUGUUCAGAUGCUGGAGCCACUUGUGGAAUGUUUGGAGAAGAUCAAGAACAACCCACAGAGAUGGAAGUCCUCAGUUUCUCUCAAAGCUGGAGCAUUGCUGCGUUUGAUAAAAGAUUUUGAUUUCAUUGUGCCCAUGGUUGUCCUGAAGAAUGCUUCAUCCUUUACCCGGGAACUGAGUGCAGGACUCCAGAAGGAUCAUUUUAGUGCGGCAUCCCAACUUUGCCAGAUCAGUGGUAUAGUGGCUACUCUAAACAGAGUGAAAACAAACAUUAAGGUCUUUCACCAAAAUUGGUUUGACGAAGCCUGUGCCCUUGCACAGAGUCUGGGUGUGCAGAUCAAAGUGCCUGAUAAUUCAUCUGCGGCCAGGGAUAGCAUGAUGAAGCCAGCUCUUUAUUACAAAGAUGCACUGAGUGUGCCUCUAGUGGACAACCUUACGAAUUCUGUAAAGGAUCAUUUCUCUGAGGACCACAAAGAGGCUCUUAACUUCCUCUCCCUAGUUCCCUGCUCUGUUACUGUGAGUUACAUGUUUGAGAUUCUGAAGUCCAAGCCUCCUCUCUAUGCUAGUGAUCUGCCCGAUUCUGAUAACUUCUUCACAGAGUUGUGCUGCUGGAGGGUGAAGUGGAAAACAAAAGUUGCGUCAGUGACCAUCCCAGACACCAUCUUUCAGACUCUUCGUCUGCCACUGAUGCAAUACUUUGGGAACAUCAACACACUACUCCGCAUCAUGUCUGUGCUACCCAGCACAGUACUGGAGAAUUGUGGGGAAGCCAUGCGCCACAAGAUGUUCCAGGAAUACCUGAGGAACACCAGCCCCAAGGACAGAUCCCCAUGUCUGGCAAUGUUGCAGGUGGGAACCAACUUCAGCAGAGAUCUGGAUCGGAUGGUGACCAAGUGCUUGAAAGUCACUCCCCAAGCUUUAGAAGGUAUCUGCUUGGAUAAAGAAUCCAAAAGUCUUAUGAAGAACUCUGAAGUCAACAUGGAAGUAGAUCAUGACAAAGGUGGAACAGAGGAACUUGAGAACCAACAGUCUUCUGACAAGAAAGAGGACCAAGAAAUGAAGGCUGUGGAGGAGAAUGGGCAUGUUGGUGAUAAUCGACAGAGUUUGGAAGUGGUAUUCAGACUGGCUGUCCGUUUAGGGAAAAAGAAGUGCCAUGUGUCUGAACUUUCCAAAGAAGAUCAAGACCUUCUCAUUCAUGAUCUUGGCAUGUGCCAUUGGUUUGGUAGAGAUGGCAAGGUCAUGCUCAACGUCGGGGAGGGUGAUAUUAUACAGCUUCUCACAAAAUCAAUCAGGGAAGUCAUACUCUCAGAAAUACAAGAGUCACCCUUCUUUUCUCUCAUAACAGAUAAACCAGUUGAAAUUGCUAAUAAGAGCUAUCUUCCUGUUUUUGUCAGAUAUGUCAGGGAAUGUUUCCCUAAGGUAGAGCUCAUUGGAUUCUUGCGAUUUUUUGAAACCUGCGACGUUAAUGUUCAAGCCAAGAAUCUCUCUGCAACUCUAACUGAAGACUGGGGAUUGCAGAUGAGUCAGUGUCGUGGACAAGCUUUCAUGCGCAUUGGCUCAAGUUGUCACAGCCUGAAGAAGAUGUCUUUGGAGUUCCUUGAGAGCUAUCCUCUGUCUGUCAUCACACCCAGUGAGUCUUGUGGACUUGCCUGUUGGUUAGCUGGAAGCUUACACUGCCCAAUUGUAACAAAGAUGCUGGGAAUUGUAGAAGAUCUCCUGCUGUUUUUUGACCAGUCACCUGGACUGGAGGCAGAGCUAGCACAAGCUGUGGAUGGGUUACUAAAUACACCUCUGGAGGCCUUGAAGGAGAUUCCAGAAACCUGUUGCUCCAGGUGGAAGAAGAGGGAGGACUUUUUUGAUCUACUUGUCGACACAUUGGAAGGUGUUCUGAGUUGCCUGGAUUCAGUUAGUUUUAGCACCACAGGCACUAUAUCAUUGCAUGCACAGGUACUUGCCACUGCUUUGAGAGAUGUGGAUUUUGUUGUCACGCUUGUGAUCCUGAAGAACGCUUGUGCUCCUCUUCGCAACUGCAGCACAGUCUUCCGGUGUGGUAAUCCUGCAGACAUCAUCUGUGAGGUGGAGAAGAUUGUACCAAUCAUAGAAACACUCUCCAAGAUGCUAGAGAACAUAAGCACUGUACACUCACCUUGGUUUGAGGAAGCAUUCCAGCUAGCCUCCAAGGUUGCCCCUCAUCAAGUGUGUUUCCCAGAGAAAGUCAAUUUCUAUGAGUCUCCAGAGAUUUACUACAGAGACAACUUGAGUGUUCCUAUACUAAGCUGCCUCAUUGAUGAAAUGAAGUACAACUUCUCUGAUGGUCACUUAAAAGCCCUGAAAAUCCUAUCUCUGCUCCCCACCUGCAAUCCACAACCCAUUUCAGAGCCAAUCCGUGCAGAGUCCACAGAUAAGCUCUACAGCCCCUACUUGUCUGACCUUCCUGAUCCAGACACAGUUGAGCAGGAUAUCAGUAACUGGGCCACUGUCUGGAAAGAGAAAUAUCAAGAUGUCUCCCCGCCAGCUUCUAUCUCUGAGAUACUGCUUCAUCCUGAGUCUCAAAGCCAUCCAACAGUGACCACGCUGCUCAGAUUGGUGGCUGUUCUACCCAGUGUCAGUAUGGAGUGGGACCUCAUGAAGACCACACUAAACUCCAUGAGGACACUGCUAAAGAACACAGUCUGCAAGGGCAGCAAGACUGACAUUGUGAUGCUUCUCAUGCAUCAACCCACUGUUCAAAGACUGGAGGAGGUCAUUGAGAAGUGCAUCGAAGUUGACCCAGAAAGCAGCCCAUGUCUUGAGCAGGUGAAGAAACAAAUUGAAGCCCUGAAGCUCGAAAGUGAGUUCAGGGGUUUGGAUGUUAAUCGUGAUGGAAAACAUGAGCAGACAGUUGGGGAACACCAAGAUGGUAUAUCAGAGCAACCUUCUACGACAGAGCUGAAGAUGGCAGAGGCGGAAGAGGAUGCUGCGAAAGCAGACGAUGUGGUGAUUGAGGAGGACGGUGUCAUAACAGAGGACAUUGUGAUUGCAGAGGAUAUCAUGCAAGUAGAAGACGUGAUAGAAGACGUAGUCCAACUAGAGGAUGUUGUAAUAGCAGAGGAUGACGUGAAAGUAGAAGACGGCAUGUUAACAGCAGAAGUCGUAUUUGCAGAGAACAGUGUGAAACCAGAAGAUGUUGUAAUGGCAGAUGACGAUGACAAACAAGAUGACAUUUUAGCGGAGGGCGAUGUGAAACCAGAGGACGUUGUAAUACCAGAGGACGUUGUAAUACCAGAGGACGUUGUGAUACCAGAGGACGUUGUGAUACCAGAGGACGUUGUGAUACCAGAGGACGAUGUGAUACCAGAGGACGAUGUGAUACCAGAGGACGUUGUGAUACCAGAGGACGUUGUGAUACCAGAGGACGAUGUGAAACCAGAGGACGUUGUAAUAGCAGAGGACGAUGUGAAACCAGAGGAUGUUGUGAUAGCAGAGGAUGGCGUGAAACCAGAGGAUGUUGUUAUAGCAGAGGACAAUGUUAAACCAGAUGACAUUGUAUUAGCGUUGGACGAAGUGGAGCCAGAGCAUGUUGUAAUAGCAUUGGACAAUGUGAAACCAGAAGGUGCUGUCAUUGCCGAGGAUGGCAGGAAGGCAGAGGACAGUGUUAUGAUAGUAGAGGAUGCCGGUGUAAAUCAUCAGAGGCAAGCAAUGUCUUUCUACGACCCGCCUGUGCGUGAGGAAAUCCUCAAGGAGCUCUGGGACUCGCAGUUCUUUACAAUAAUAAUGGAACAAGUAGUUGAGAUUGAGGGCCAGCUUUAUGUCCCUCUGUGCAUCAGGUACCUGGACACACAGGACACUCAGUGUGAGGAGACCCUAGCUUUUGUUCCAUUCAGCCAGGACACGGCUGUCUUGGCUGAUGCUAUUGAAACCACCCUAUCAGAUAAAUGGGGACUCAACAUGGAGUACUGUAGAGGGCAGGCUUUGCUAAGUGUUGGUGAGAUAGGUUCUCAGGUGAGGGCUGUCUCUGCAGUAAUAUCCCAGAAAUACCCCCUUGCCAUGCGAACGGUCAGCUCUGCUCUGUCUCUGAAUGUGUGGCUGGCCAGGUCCUCCCCUGCGGUGGCGGCAGCAGACUGUGCCGUGUCUGUAGAAAACAUGUUAAAGUGGCUCACGGAGGACUCCGUUCGACAAACCAAACUGGAAGACAUGAUCAUUGCCAUGUUUCAACACGAUGAGGGAAAAGGUAAUGAGCUUAGAGACAGGCUCAUCAAGAACUGGGAGAAGAGUCAUGAUAUGCAUGAGUUGACUGUGGAGAUCCUAGAAGUAGUCAUGCUGUGCUUGAACGAGCUGAAAAAUGAGGAGAGUAGUUCAGGGAGUGGCCAAGCACUUUUCUACUUCAGUAAAAUAAGAACUUUUGAGUUCAUCUUCUCUGCUGUUGUGAUGAAGAAUGUCCUUGGCUUGACCAAAAAGCUGAGCCAAUCUCUUCAGGGUAAACCACUAGAUGUGUUGCUAGCUAUGAGUUGCUUGCCUGACCUCAUAACUUCUCUCAAUGAAUUUAAGAAUGAUAUUGAAACGCAUCACAAGGCCUGGUUUAAGGAAUCAGUUGCUUUAGCUUCCAAGCUGCAGGUAACGUUGUUGCAUUCUGCGCUACUAGAACCCCUGAGUCAAUUUUACAAAAUGGCAGUUAGUCAGAAGGUUGUAGAGCACUCCAUUGCUGAGGUCAGUGAGCUCUUCACAGAGAAUGUCCUCAGUACCCUGAGGUGCCUGGAGAUUGUGCCUUACGCGAUGUCAAAGGUAGAGAACAGCAGUAUAAAUGCCCACGUUUUUCGCAUGUACAAAGAUGACAUGCCUGACUUGGCCUCACUCCCCGCAGAGAUUAUAUCUUGGAGGGAGAAGUGGUUGGAUCCCAUGUCCGGUUAUCUUCCUGCUACUGUGCUCGACACCCUGAAGGCAUCAGACAUUAGGAGCUUUAGUAACAUUGAAACCCUCCUCAGGCUCCUGGUAAUCCUACCGUUCUCACGGAGGGAGAGUACUUUCAGGCAAGGGAAGAAAAGCCUCCAGGGAUUCAUACAGCAGGAGACCAGGUCCCUGUCUGAACUUAAUCUUCUGUAAAAAGUUUAAGCUCUCAUUAGCAUAAAGCAGGUUUCUGAGUUGGUGUCCUGAACUGCUGAUCCUCUGUCUCCUUAAGUAAAUAGCCAACCAAAUUUAGGUCUCAAUACAUUUUUUUUUUACUUUCUAGAAGACAUUUCCCUGUAUACAUGAAUGAUCUAAAUAUUUUGGUCAUUUUAUUUGUUAUGUUUUCCUGCAAACAUAUAUUUUUGUUUUAUGUUGUUUGUACUGCCUAAUGGGACCAAUGUCAUGCCAAAAAAGCAAUGCUCACCUGAGGGUUACCAAUGCUUGUGUGCCUUUAUGCAAAAUUUUAAAGUCAACCCCAUGAAUCAUAAGAAUACAGAUGUCUGAAAAUGACACAGUCCCAUCAGGCUUUUUGAAUAUUUUUUUUGUAGUUCAGACUUUAAGAAUCACUUGCAUCAAUUCACUGUCCAUUAAUAUGUAGUAUCAUACUCUUGGCACAAAUAUGAAAUUGUUAAUCAUGUAGACAUGUUUUUAUGAUUUACUAGGUUUAUUGUCUAUUUAGGGGACUUUUCUGUAAAGAAUUCUCCAAAUAAGUAAAAGUUAAACAUUCAUAUAUUUGUCAAAAAAAUAAAUAAAAUGCUUUAAAGACCCAG